ACCUGCCGAGAGGACGAGCGGGCAACAGCCAACUCGCUCAGUAAGACCGUAGUCGCCUAGCGGUCAAGGCUUUGCGCUAAGCCGGGAAUUAAAAAAAAAAAUAAGCAAAAAGCGCGCGCGUAACUGUCAAUGUCAUUUAGUUCACAAUUAAAAAAAAAAUAUUCUUCUUUUUAAUUUUUGUAUUGCUUCUGCUGUUAGUCUUAUUAGUACAAACAACCGUUAACUCAGUGCCGCUGGAUAAUGAGUUCGUGAUUGUGGAUAAAACUCGGAGUCCGUUAAACAGAAACCUAAACAAUGCAACGAAAUUUAUAGCGACGGACGACACAAUGGGUCCACCUAUCAACACCUGGCCUUACAGCCAGCCGCCCCUCGAGAGGGCAAAAGCGACUAGUGACAAUAAAAAGUGCCUCGUAGUUAAUAUCGUUGACAAUUUACGCACAGUAGGGAUUAAUUUUACAUUUGCAUUUAUAUUUUUACAAGUGUUUUCGAGUCUGAGUUCAGUGACCGCUGGCCCGGUUAUAUUGAAUCUGGACUAUUUGCAAGGUCCUGUACCCUUAGCUAGAAAUAUAAGGCACUUGCCCUGCAUAUCAAGAAGUACGAGCCAAGAGGGUCUUUGUAUGUUUGCCAUAGACUGCUUAAAAGCAAACGGAACUCAUCUAGGUACAUGCAUAGACAGGUUCUACUUUGGCUCUUGUUGCCAAAUACCAGAUAAAACAACUUUACCACAAUUAAUUGGUAAUAAUAUAGAUGAUAAUUCAAUAGAUAACGCAAAUUUCGUUCAUCCGCUCAUAGGCGAUAAGGUUCAAAAUAAUAUUUUUACGAAAAAACCAUCAGUAAUCAACAAUGUUACAAAAAAACCAGCUGUCGUGGAAUCGAAUGCUCAGACUGAAAAGCCAGCUACUGUUCAAGAUAGAACAGAACCAGAUGAAGCGGAAACUAAAUCAGAUGAACUUAACUUGACCACGCAAUUCAAUAAAAUUACAGGCGACAUUGUCAAAACCACAAAUGCAAUGGAUACAACAACAACCAAAGAAAUGCCUACAACCCAAUCCAUUAAAUCAACCUCGCAUAUUUCAGAAGCUACUGAAAUGCCCGUUAAACUGUCAACUUUCCAAACAGUUUCUGGUGAUUUUAACAACUUAGUGACUGAAAAAGAAAGUUUGAAACCAAUUAAAACCGAAAGCACGGAGACGAUAAGGCCUACAACUGAAAGAGUAACAGAAAAACCGAUAAGACCGACCAGGAAGCCGGCCAAACCUAUCGUAACGUAUAAACCAAGACCAUAUAGACCGACUAACUUCACAAAACCACCCCACAUUACCAUCAAACCAAGACCUACGAAACCUACUGUACCAUAUAACUCAACAAGAAAACCACCAUAUAGAAACCCGCCUAAAAGACCAACAACUAAGAAGCCUUUGCCAUCACCGCCUAGACUAAAUAUUACUAUUAUCCCACAAUCAACUAGUACACGACCAGGGUUUAUAAGACCAUCAUUGUCGACUAUUACAUAUAUCAAUACAACCGCAUCAAAGGUUGAAGAUACACCUGUUACUACAACUACAUCAACCACAGUCACCACUUUACUGCCAAGUCCAACUACAACAACUUCAACAACGACAACGACAACAGCUGCGCCUACAACAACGACCACAGCAACGACGACAGAACGAGUCAUAGAGACAACAGAAGAUAUUGUCGCAGAAACAGUGUUUUCGUCUUCACCGACUGAAGCAAUUACAGAUAAAUUAUCUGAAAAAGAUACAAUUACAUUUACUUCUGAGCCUCAAGCGGAAACAAUUUCAACUGAACCUCCGAGAGAGGUUGUUACUGAAAAAGAUAUUCAAGCACCUUUCACAGAGAAGGAACAAGAAGAAUCUACUGUAAAAGAAACUGUUAGACCGGUAACUGAAGCUGACGAACCGCUGACUUUAAAACCUACUACAUCCACGUCUACUGAAUAUCCUCCUUUAGUUACUUGGUCUAAUACAAUCAACUCCAAACCCGCUGAGAGUACGACACAAACACCAGAUGAUGUAUGGUCACCUAUAACUCCACCUGAAGGCUGGGUACUAAUUUCAAGUAUGGCACCAAGACCUGAAACAACGACUACUUCACAAGCAACAUCAACAACAACAGCGGCUCCUACUACAUCGGCAGUACCAACAACAGUCACCGAGUCACCCUCACCGCCUGCUAGUGUCAUAACAACACAAAAAAUUGAAACUCCUAUCACAACAACAGAAUCGCUGGCUUCGUCGCCUUCAUCAACAAGUUCAGCGACAUCAACGACAACACAAGCUCCUAUUCUGGAGUUCACAGUUAAUGUGACUCUAUCACCAACUAUGCCAACUUCGACUUCAUCCAUUGGUUUAUUAAAUGCAACUUUGAGUUCAUCAGAUAAUGCGACUGCCGCAUCUGGUAAUCAGACUGACACAACCCAAUCUAUCGAGUCUACUGAUGCAGACUUAACUACUACCGAUGAGGCUGUGACUACCGAACAGAUCACUACAACAACUGAAUCGUACAACAUGUCCAACUACAAAGACGUGUGUGGUCGCCGGAUGUGGCCGCAGGCUAGGAUCGUCGGUGGCGCGAAGUCCGGCUUUGGACAGUGGCCCUGGCAAAUCUCACUCAGGCAGUACAGGACUUCGACAUAUCUCCACAAAUGUGGGGCCGCCUUACUUAAUGAGAAUUGGGCGAUAACAGCCGCACAUUGUGUCGAAAGAGUACCACCGUCAGAACUCUUGGUGCGUCUUGGAGAAUACGAUCUAGCCAAUGAAGAAGAGCCUUACGGUUUCGCUGAACGACGGGUGCAAAUCGUUGCCAGCCAUCCUCACUUCGAUCCAGCCACUUUUGAAUACGAUUUAGCCCUCCUCAGAUUCUAUGAGCCAGUUACAUUCCAACCGAACAUCUUGCCUGUGUGCGUGCCAGAUGAUGAUGACGACUACGUUGGAAGAACAGCUUACGUCACUGGAUGGGGACGACUCUACGACGAGGGUCCGCUUCCCAGCGUGCUGCAAGAAGUCGAGGUGCCAGUGAUCAACAAUACGGCUUGCGAGUCCAUGUAUUUAGCGGCUGGAUACAACGAACACAUACCGAACAUAUUCAUAUGUGCUGGCUGGAAGAAAGGCGGAUCGGACAGUUGUGAAGGUGAUAGCGGGGGACCGAUGGUGGUGCCACGAGGCCGUGAUGGUCGCUUCGUAUUGAGCGGUAUCAUCUCGUGGGGCAUUGGUUGUGCGGAACCCAACCAACCCGGAGUCUACACGAGAAUCUCUGAAUUCAGGGACUGGAUCAACCAGAUACUGCAAUUCUAGUGAUUUUAUUUUUGAUAUAGACAAUUCUUGACGUUGAUCGUUAUUUUUUAUAAAUAGAAGAAUAUUAACAAAAUUUUCUCAAUUGAAUGUAUUUAACGUCCAACUGAGAAGUCGCAUUAAAGAACACAAGUUGAGUUAUAUUAUAAUUUUUAAAAAAGUUCACGUUUGGAUGACGUAUUUUUUGGCUUGUAAUUUACUAAGACAACAAUUUUGGUGUAACUUUGAAAUAAAUGUCAGUUCGUAACAUUGCCAUAGCCUACUAAGAGUGAAGGUGGAAUCAGACGGUUCAUUUUUUGUUCAUUUUCGUGUUUCAUUUUGCAUCAUUCACUCAAAGUGACACGUCUAAACACAAAGUGAAACAAAAGUGUCGAAUGAAUUCAUUAGUGAACUGAUCAAACGACGUUGGAUCGGUUCAUUCGGCAUCUUUCAUUCCCACUCCGAAUGAACGAAAAAUGAACAGUCUGAACACAGAGUGAACGUUCACUCGGAUUUGGCCAUUUUGUCUCGAACGCUGUAGCAGACGGUCGGUACGUCAAUGGAGAAACAAGUAAUAGAAGUUCUUCAAAUUUACUGUUAUCCAUUCGCAGAUGAUUGCAAUAUGAUUCUGGAUCUUCAUCAGCUAGUUCUCUCAACAAUGUAUCUGAAGCUCCAAAUAUAUUUCUUCUUCCAAUCCAUGGUCGCACCCACCACCGUGGACGCUUUUUUUCCUUCUUUUUUUUUAGCUCCUUGAUCAAAUGAUCACAAAUUAAACUUAUUCCAAGAGACACGACUUCAUUCGACGCCAUAUUGAAAGAAACUACGGAUGAAUGUUCUUUUUUACGUCAUUCCAGCUAAGCCGUGUGAACAUGGAAUGAAAGAAAAAUGAAUCAUUCACUCAAAAGAACAUUCACUCGAAUGAACCGUCUGAUAUCACCUUAAAACGAUGCUAAUUCCAAGUAAAGUAAUUUUAGUAAAAAAAUGUAUUCAACAUUUUUUUACUAAAAUACGCAGAUAACAUUUAAUCCUACGAUAACUGAAUAAGUUUAAGUGAUUUCAUUAUAUUCGAUUUUUGAAAUAGGUUUUUUUUACAACUUGAAAUUAUUGACAACGAAAUGAAAAGUUCGAUACAACGAAUUUAAAAACAAAUUACCAAACAAUCGUAACUUCGAAUUAUAACAAAAAUAUUGUAAAAAAUAUAUUUAUUUACUUAAAAUAAUUUAUUAGGUAAUUUUAGAUAGUAAAAAGUAGACAAUAAUGUUAAACUGCCGAAUUAUCGAUAACGUUUUAUUUUAUUUUUUUAUUAAAACGCUUUUAACGUAUUCCGUCCGAUUUAAAAAUAAUUAUUGUAAAUAUUUUAUUUAACUGCAUUUAUUAAUUAUAUUUAUAAAUUAGCCAUAGCUAUAAGAAUCUCAGAUUGUUUUUGUAACAUUACAAAUAUUUAUAAAUAAAACAAAUAUUUUAA